UUUCAUAACCUAACCCCUUUCCCAUUACCCAAUUGUGCCUUUGAUUUCAUCCCAAUUUUCUUACUUUAUGCUGAACCCUAAUUCAUUCAUACAACCUUUCGUUUAUGGAGAAUUUUUUGGACAGAAAGUUUAUUAAUUUGUUGGGACAAUUAGACUGGGAUUGAUCGGCUAAACAGGCUAUACUCUGUGUGUUUAUGUUCUAAUUUGCUCUUCAAACAAGAAUUAUGAUGUGGGUUUUUGUUGUUAUGUGUAAAUUUACUUGUAAACUUUGACAGUUUCUGAGAAUUAGAUCUUUGUUCACAAUUUCCCAAUUAUGUGCUUUGAUUUCUUGCCAAGUACUAUUUCAAUUUUCUUACUCUAUGCUGAACCCUGAAUGCAUUCAUACAACCUUUCGUUUAUUGAGUAAUAUUUUAGACAGAAAGUUUAUUAAUUUGUUGGGACAAUUAGACAGGGAUGGAUCAGCUAAACUCUAUGAUUUCGUGUAAUUGUUGAUAAUUGGUAAUAAAACAGGCUGUAUGUUUUGAUUUUCUCUUCUAACAAGAAUUAUGAUAUGGUUUUCUUGUGUGUAAAUUUACCUGUAAACUUGACAGUUUCUGAGAAUUAGAUCUUUGUUCACAAUUUCCCAACAAAUGAAAGGAAAAGACAAGUUUGUGGAAACUGGAAACAGUAGGGUUUGACUAGUUUGAUGAUUUUGGCCUGUCCCGAAUUCCCCCCUUUUUACUUAUAUAUAAAUGAGUGAUUGAUUAGAUGUGUUUAUGUUAUGAUUUAUAAUCAAAAUGAACCUGAUUAGUGGCAGAUAGAUUCGCCGUAUCAUAGUUGAUGUCUUGAUGGAAAAAUUCAAGAUUGUGUGCUGUUUGGUUGGAGUUUUUUCCAGCAUUAUAGUAGGAUGUUAUGGCAGGUCUGAAUCCUGUAUCAGACUAUACAAAGAAGGUGGUGCUCCAGCUGUUCUUCAUUCCCCAGAAUGUUCCUUUCAGUAUAUUCUUCCUAGGGAACAUAAUCAUACAACCAAAUGCCAGUUUGCUUCACUUCAGGGACGAAGGAAGUAUCAGGAAGAUCGGGUUUUAUGUGAUCUCGAUAUGCAGAUCGAUCUUCUUGGCGCAUGAAUGUAUCGAAGACAAUGGAAAUUAUACAGGAAGCAAUUACCCUGACAAUUCACGACAUUGAUUCAACAUUUUCUCAAGUGGCCUUAAGAAAACAUCUGAUAUCUGGAACGACAGCCACCAUAGCUGUUCUCGUGAAUAAUGAACUACUGGUUGCAAAUGUUGGUGAUUCAAAGGCAUUCUUAUGUUCAGAGGUGAUGCAAAAUAAUGAUGAUAAACACAACCAAGGUACCCCCAUGACCAGGUUACAAGUCAUAGACCUAACUAAAGAUCAUCAUCCUGAUAGAGAUGACGAAAACGCCCGCAUAACAGCUUCGGGGGGGUUUGUUUCUCUAUUGGGAGUGCCUAGAGUUAAUGGCAUUCUCGCUGUAUCCCGAUCAAUUGGUGACUUGUACUUGAAAAGAUAUGGGGUGAUAGCAGAACCAGAGGUUGAUUGGCACCAUUUGGAUGCAAGUAAAGUCUUCCUGGUGGUUGCGUCUGACGGCAUCUUUGAGGGUUUGAGCACACAAGAGGUUUGCAGUCUUUUACACGAUGCACGAUCUCAGGGUAAAGGCCGAAAGAAUUGGAGAUCAUCUAAAUGCCAAUCCUCGUCAUUGGCCGAAUGUAUAGUGAAUAUGGCGUAUGAGAAAGGCAGCACUGAUAACUUGUCUGUUGUUCUACUUCCACUAAGUACUCAUGUUAAUACUUGAAAUCUACUUUGAAGCUCAUUUACUGAAAACUGACUUCCUUUUGUAUUUAGUUUGCAAAAUUAACAUAAACUGUGUUUUUUUUCA